ACGGUCACACACCACCUUUGUUUUGUUUUGAAGCCCCACUAAAACGCAUUUAAUUUGUUGAAAAACUUCUGAAAUUAUGUCCUACGCUGGUUAUAGCCAACUGCCAAGUGGCAGCGACCACGAGCGCAGGCAGGCACAGAUUUCGGCCAGCACGUAUGAUGUACUGCAGCGCACAACGGACAGCAUCCAGCGGUCCAACCAGAUUGCAAUCGAAACGGAGACCAUGGGGGCCGAGGUCCUAGGUGAACUGGGCGAACAAAGGGAGUCGCUACUCCGAACCACCCGCCGCCUGGAAGACGCCGAUCAGGAUCUGUCGAAAUCAAGAAUAAUCAUUCGAAAAUUGGGCAGGGAAGUGCUCUACAACAAGAUCAUUUUAAUCCUUAUUAUUCUGCUGGAGGUGGGCAUUCUAAUCGGAUUGCUGGUGCUAAAGUUUGCUCAUUUGUGAGCGGUUCCAUUUUAUUCCAAAAUUAUGGCCACGAUCAGGGCGAAGGACUAUAUAUGUACAUGUAUUAAUCGUUACGAAUACUUUGCCUAAGAUAAGUUAAACCACUUGUAUAUAAGAAAAUGAUAAAAUAAAUGCUGAUACAUAUAUUAUUUAA